UCUUUUCUUUCGUUUUUCAAACGCAAAAUAACAAAAACCGUGGGAAAAAAUCGUCAGCACUGAUAACAAAGUAUUUUAACUGUUACUUCUUUUUAGUUAAUGAAACAGUUUAGUCGCACCUGUCAUUGAAAGAGAAUAGGCUAAAACGGCGCGCGCAACCAGUAGCCUAUAAACGCCUUUGAAUUUGGAGAGGUGCUCCCACAGUCAGCGGACAGUCGAGGCGUAUAGGCUAAAUUCAAAUAUAGUAGGCUACGGCUUUAUAAUAGACAUAAGUGUGGCUUCAGUACUUUAAAAGCAAUGGUCGUUUUUGAUCACAAAACUUAACGGACGUGUGUAGUUUAAGGUAAGACGCAAUAUUACACUCCCGUGCAUCUCAUCAGUGAACUUCGCAGCAAUACGACAGGCUAUUAUCUCUAGAAAAUGCUCCACUUUGCCGCCGGGGUUUUGUGCGUCUAUGCAUUUACGUGCGUAAAAGUUGUCUAUGGACAAGAUAAGAAGGGAGAGCGUUUUUUGUGUACUGCAAUCCCCAUUGACGUGGAUAAAAGUUGUCCGGUGCAACCUCCGCCUGUGCAGAGCGCAACGGUUCAAGAAGAGGAACUGAGAAACACUGUCAUGCAGCUUCGAGAGACGAUAUUACAACAAAAGGAGACGAUUGCGAAUCAGUUAGGGACGAUAAAAGAGCUGACGUCUAAACUGUCACGAUGUGAGUCUGAUUCUGAAUAUUUUCGGAAAAGCAAUAAGGAAACGAUGGACGAUGUGCCUAAACACUCAAAUGACACCAUUGACAUUCUUGGAAAGACCAUGCAGAGUCUAAAAGAUCGAUUAGAAAAUCUAGAGCAACAGCAAAUGCGAGCCAACAUCUCUGGUGCCUCCUUCCCUAAUGACCUGAGAAAUCUACUGCAGCGUCGACUAGAGGACCUGGAGAAUCAACUGCUCAAGAAGGUCAAUGAACUUAAGGCAGAGAAGUCGCAGCUACAUAAUGAAACCGUAGCUCAUCGCCAACGCACAGAUAAUGCCCUCAAUCUUCUCACCAACAGGAUUUCUGAACUUGAGAAUGGGGAAGUUGGAUUCAAGUCACCAGAGAACUUCAAAAUCUCUCUUCCUCUACGCACAAAUUACCAUUAUGGAAAAGUGAAGAGAAGCUUGCCAGAAAUGUACGCUUUCACUAUUUGCUUGUGGCUUAAGGCAAGCCUUGGAACCCCUGGUGUUGGAACCCCUUUUUCUUAUGGAGUGCCAGGGCAGGCAAAUGAGAUUGUACUGAUCGAAUGGGACAGUAACCCACCAGAACUGCUCAUCAAUGACAAGGUGGCGCGACUGCCUCUAUCACUGGGUGAUGGGAGAUGGCACCAUGUCUGCAUCACUUGGACUGUUAGGGAUGGGGUUUGGGAAGCCUACCAGGAUGGCCAAAACUUGGGUUCAGGUGAGAACCUGGCUCCUUGGCACCCGAUCAAACCUGGUGGAGUCAUUAUCCUUGGCCAAGAGCAGGAUAUAGUAGGUGGGCGCUUUGAUGCCAACCAGGCUUUUGUGGGGGAGCUGAGCCACUUUAACAUCUGGGAUCGGGUUCUGCGUUCCACUGACAUUGUCUCUAUGGCAAACUGCUCAUCCUACAUGCCUGGGAAUGUGGUGGCCUGGACCGAAAGUAACAUUGAGGUGUUUGGUGGCGCAUCAAAAUGGCCACUCGAGCUUUGUGAAACCCGGCUCUUUGACGGUUAAAGAUGUCUUUUGAUGUUAUUGAACACAAUCAUUGAAAAUUAUAUAUUAACGUUUUUAAAGAACAUAAAGAUAAAUUUAACAGCAUUAUACACUUCAUGUAUAAAGUAUAAAUACCAUCAACAUGAGCUUUAAAGUAUAUUCUUCAUACUGUUAACAAGGAAUUUGUCAUCAAUUUAGGCACCCUUUUUUUAUUGUGUGGACACAAAACCAGUGCAAGUGAAUGGGUGCCAGUUCUUUUAAAUAUCUUCUUUUGUGUUCUGCAGAAGAAAGGAAGUAAUACAUGUUUGAAAUGACAAGAGGGUGAGUAAACGAUGACAGAAUUUUUUGUAAACUAUCCUUUUAAAUACAAAUGGAGACCCAAAAACAGUAAAUAUGGAUACCUACAUUAUAAAGCUAAAGCUAUUGAAUUGUAAAACACCUUUUCUCGUUACAAAACAAGGGCCACAAGUCUAUUUUAUACAAAGUGUAGCCUAGCUGCUAAGCACAUUUUGAUGUAUACUUCUGGUCUGUGAUUUAUAAUUUAACGGUUUGAAACAGAUAAUAGGAAUGUUUGUAGAGGAGUGUUGUACCUUUAUGAUCAAGUGUCAAAAUCACAGUCUUGUGUUAAUGUGCAAUAACUUUCAGCUGUAAUAGAUUUUGAUGAAUAAAUCAAUAUUUAUUUUUUAAAUAUUAUUUAUUCUCAUUGUAGAAUCAUUUAUAAUUAAUUCCAAAGCCCAUCUUUGACUGUUUGCAGAAUGACGUUGAAUGUUAUAAAUAAGACUGCCAGUUAAAAAUUGUGAACUUUUUUUGUUCUUUAAUUAUUAAAUAUGAUCAUAUUUGUAUGCACUGUUUUUCAACUUUUUUCAGAAUAAAUGUAAUUUAGUGUUGUCUUUGUAAUGUAUUUUUUAAGAUACCCAUAUUUAUGUUUAAUAUAAGGCCUUGGUUUAGAUUACUGUGCCAAUUAUUUUACAGGGUUUGCUUGACAUGUGAAUUUGUGUUUUUGCUAAUGAAAAAUAAAUGAAAACCUUCAAGACUUUUUGGCUUUUUUUUAUCUUGCUCUGUUUUUGUUCUGCUACAUUUCCUCGUUUGAGGUUUAAACCCGAUGAAUAUAACAUGAUUCCUUAAGCACCAUUAAAUAAAAGCACUUAAGUUCUAACAGACACUGCUCUAAUAUUUAUUUCCAUCCUAGUUCAUGUGGUCUAAAUUGACCUAAAUAUUGAAGAGGAAAUAUCAUAAUGAGAUAGGACUGUUUUCUGAAGAUAUAACGGAUAGAACUGUGGUUGAGGUCAUGAAUAUUUUCUUCCGUGUUGUUCAGAAGAAAGUUAGACAUGAGGGAGAUGACAUGUGAUGACACUGUUCUGUCAGACAGGUGGCUCUGAGAGCAUUAGCCUGACUUAAAGGAUGAGAUCAGUCCUGAGCCAAAGCUUGUGUCACAGACAGACAUCUCACAAACCUCCAUCUAACUAUUAAACAUCAAAAAUGAGUUUGAGAUGGGUGUAAGUUGGGUUAAAAGGUUUCGCAGGUGGUGUUUGAAUUUAAUAAAUACAGUGUUUAGAUGUUGGUAUAAUGUUUGAUUCCUCAAGGUAAACAGCUCUCUGUGACCUUUAUCUGCGGGGAGAGAAAAUCUCCAGCUUCCUCACAGCUUACAUUCCUAAAAUGAUUAACACUUUAAAUAAUGGUGUUUACCAGUGCUCUGCAGUCACAUGUCAACAUUAUGAGCUUUGAAAUACAUGAUUUCUGUAAUGUUUGAUGUAUGAUGAGCAGCUUUCAUCUAAAAAGAAAAUAAGUGAUAUAUUUGCAAUGUGUCGGUAAAAUUUGUAAUCACAUACAUCAUUUAUUAAUGCUCUUGAAGGGAUAGUUCACCCAAAAAUAACAAUUAUGUCAUAAUUUACUCACCCUCUUGUAGUUUCAAACCCGAAUGACUUGACAUCUGAAGAAACUUUAUGUUUCAAAAAAGGUUCGUGGCGAAAAAACAAGUUCUUCAGAUUAUAAAAAAGUAAGAAAGAGAUUGUUAUUUAAAGAACCUUUGACUAAAUGGUUCUUUGUGGAACCAAAAAUGGUUCUUAUGGCAUCGCUGUGAAGAACCUUUUAAGCACCUUGAUUGUUAAGAGUGUACUUUAUUCUGCAGAAGAAGAUAUUUAGAAGAAUGUUGGUAACCGAACAACGGCAGUACCCAUUCACUUCUAUUGUA